GUUCGGACGAGGUCUAACUUUGUCGUUUCAAUACCGUACGGAAGAAAGAGUGGAAGUUUAAGAGUCUGGGCUUCAUAAGCCUUGUCGUUCAAAUUUUGAAGCAGUUUUGCUUGAUGGGAAAGGCGACGUUAAGUCUCACCGGAAAAUCUUUUUGGUUGCUUACGUCAUCGUGAUGCUUCAUGCUGCUUUGGAAUGGUGGAUUCUUUCCUUCAUAUGAAGAAAGGUUUGACACGUGGCUUGUUGUUGGAGUGGUUAAUAUUUCAGUUAAAUAAGGUGGGACUUUGUGGUUUUCUGAUGAUGAUGUCAUGUCCUUUAUCCAUAA